AAUUACAACAAAUAUAUAAAAAUUUAAGGUUAAACAAAAUAUCUUUGCAAUUAUAACAUUCUUGUACCUUCUCAAUCGACCCGUAGUGUAUAAUUGAUUUUCAAUCAUUUUUACCUUGAAAAUAUGAAAAUAUUACAAAGAUUUUAUGAUCCAGGUAGGCAAAUAUCUAUUUUAUAAAAAUCAAGAACAAAUUUCAAACAGAUGUCAUAGUGUCAGGAGUUGUUGAAAAGAGAUCACUUUAAGAAAGGAACCAAUUUAAAAAAAUAAAUUUAACAAUGAUUGUGGAGUUUGUUAUUAUUCAAUUAAUUUUUGUGCGCUCAAGACGUCGAAGGCUUGUGAUGACAAGGAAGAGGAGCGAACCAAGUGGAUCCGUUGCCGUUGUUGCCGAUUGGUAUUUUAAAAAUCUUGUCAAGGAGCGAUCUGUAUUGAGACCUGGAACAAAGGAGCGUUAUCGUGAAUGGAAAAUCUAUACGGGUGAUGAAAGCCUCUUUACAGUAGACGGCAUAUUAUACGAACAAGUUUAUGUAUUCAUGGGAUUGACAACAUACUACUGGAUCUUCUUCAGGAAAGAACCGGAGCAUAUUCGGAAGCACGGAUCGGCUCCACUUACUUGCUCGUAUUGUGGUUGUUGUGUUUAUUCGCAUGUUCCAAGGAUUAUAGAAAAUGUCAAAGAAUGUAUAAAACUUAAUAUUCCCGAUGAAAAUAACAAAGAAGAACAGCAGCGACCAGCGGCAAUACAUUGAUUUAUUGUUAAAAAUGACAAAUUAUAAUUAAAAGUAGGUUUACCAUUAUAAAUAUAAGUUAUGAGCAUUCAAAAAAUGUGUUUUUC